AUGUGGUCUUCUCUCUCCUCUGCUGCCACCGUCAUAUUCUGGAUAAGCCCCACGGCAGGCAGCAACCCCAGGACCAUAAGCGCCGGCCGCGGCGUCGAGCCAGCUUCAGACGGAGACCUGCGGCUCCCUGCGCUGUGCACACAGUCGGCCCCCUUUUCUAGUCCGGCGGCGGCGGACAGGGGUGCGCAGUGGCACGUCUCGGUCAGGGUGAACGACGAGGUCUUGACCGGGUUCCGGGAUCGCUUGAGCUUCCGAUUCUUGGGAAUCCGCUACGCCCCACAGCCUGUGCGGUUCGGCCACUCGAUCCCUUUCGAGGGCAACGGCGGCGCGGCCGAGGCUCUCGACUUCGGCCCCAAGUGUCCGCAGCCAGAUGAUACCGGCGGAGAAGACUGCCUGUUCCUCAACAUCUGGACCCCGUUCCUGCCGCACAACGCGAGCGUCGCCGCCAAGCGCGGCCUGAAGCCUGUCAUGUUCUGGAUCCACGGCGGCGCCUUCACCAGCGGGAGCGGGAACGACACAAUCUUCGACGGGGGCAGCGUGGCCUCCCGCGGCGACGUCGUUGUGGUCAACAUCAACUAUCGCGUCGGGUCUCUUGGAUUCCUUGCCCUCAAUGACGGCGCCACGAACGGUAACUACGGCCUGGCGGAUCAGAUAAACGCUUUGAACUGGAUAGUCAAGAACAUCCGCAGCUUCGGCGGCGACCCCAGCAGGAUCACCAUAUUCGGGCAGUCGGCCGGCGCAGCGUCUGUAAGGGCGCUGAUGGCGUCGCCCAAGGCCGUCGGAAAGUUCGCCGCCGCAAUCCCCAUGAGCAACCUCGGCGGCCUCUACUAUGGCGCGACGUAUUCCAAGUACUACACCAUAGCCGAGCAGGUGGACGUGGCCGCCAAGCCGAUACUGGACGUGACCGGCUGCGCGUCGGCCGCGUCCCAGGUCGACUGCCUCCGCAACGUGCCCGCCGCCCAGUUCAACAAGGCCGCCGCGGCCCGGUACCUGCUGAUCCUCUCGCCGGGCCCCGCCCUACCCCUGCGCGUCAUGAUGGGCAUCGUGCGCGACGACGCUGCCCCGUUCAUCCAGUACCCCAAGACGACGGACCAGGGCGAUUACCUGGCCUCGCUCGGCUUCGCGCCCCCGCCGCGGCCGGCCCUGUUUCCCGUCCCGGACUCGACCGCCAACGCGACCCUGAACCUGUACAACGGCACCUCGCGUCUGGCCACAGACGCCGAGUUCCGGUGCGCCGACCAGGCCACCGCCGCCGCCGGCGCGCGCGGCGGCCGCCUCGGCCGCGCCGUCUUCUACUACGAGUUCGACCGCACCUACCAGACCCCCGCCUGGCCCCGCAUCGACGUGUGCGAGCCUCCCGCGACGGCAGCGCGCCCGCGCGGCGACGCUUCGCGGCCCUACCUGCGCUGCCACUCGGGCGAGCUGCUCUACGUGUUCGGCAACGUGGCGCGCGAGGGCCUGCCGCCCCGCGACGACGUCGACCUCCCCUUUGCGCGGCUCGUGAUCGACUCCUUCGUCUCUUUUGCUAGGUCCUACGAUCAGAACCCGGACCCGGCCUUCCUGGCCGCGCGCGGCUACACCGGCACCCUGAGCCAGGUCCAGUCCUCGAGGAGGUGGCAGCCCUCCACGGCCGCCGGCUUGACCAUGCGCGUGCUGGACUGGCCGCCGUACCAGUUUCGGGAACUGGCUCAAUGUGAUUCUCUGGGCCUUGGGCUCAACUACUACAUCAACGGUUGAGGAGCUGGUUUGCGAAACGGAUAUAGGGAGCACGUACAAUGGACCGAAGCGGUGGCACACAACGCUGGGGAGGGGUUGAAACCACGAAUCAUUGUUUUCCGUCGCUAUAUCCAAUCAAAUAAAUCAACGGGCCAACCCUUGUCCGAGAGCGCCAUAACCGCACUCCAGCCCAUACACUUCCUACCCCGAUACGCUCCCGGUGCCACAUAAACUUGGUAAAACAUAUCGACAUGGGUUACGACGGGACGUAACGCAUAAAAGAAAACAAAAAGACGCGGGGAAUGUGGUACAGACCAGGAAGAAAUCCAUAUGUGCAUGCUCUGCAAACAAAACAGAGACAAAGAAAACCGGGGAGAGUGAGAGUCGAGGUUGAGGAUAGAAAUGGAUUGUAAGCUUCAGGACAAGCCACAAGGUAGAAAGCUCUCUCACAAGCGGGUUGGCGACUGCCGAGUGGGCGGAGCCUUGGAACCACACUGGCUCUGCCAUGGACGCGUCGACUUGUUGGCAGCCGGGCCGUUAGUUUGUCUGAAGAUGCUGUAGGCGUCUGAAAUGGAAAUGAUCUCGUC